CAAGCCUUGCGACUUAUGGAUGAAGUAAAGGAAAGAUUAGAAGAGGAAGAAAGACAAUGUCAAAUAUCCUUGAAAAACUUAUGGGAUGAAUGUGAAUCUUGUUUAGAAAGUGCCUGCAUGAGAUUUUAUACAACUUGCAAACAUGGUUUGCCAACAUUUAGAAGAAAGGUUGAAGAUUUCUUGAGGAAAAUACCUCCACUCAUUUUUACUUUUCAUGAAGAUCAAGGAAAAGACAUCCAGUUUAAUGAAAAGCCUGAGAAAGAGGAUACUCAGCUAGUAAAAAUGGAAGAUUUAUUUAGCCAACUAUUAUCAGACAUGGGCUCAGUAUUUGACAAAAGUUUCAUUUUUUUCAAGCAGAUGCAAAAAGAAUUUGACCAGUCUUUUCAGACUUAUUUCAUGUCUGAUCUGGACUUGAAUGAGUCUCCCAGCAUGCCAGCUUUACCUGAGGAUACUACCAGAAACGACGGCUCACAGAAAGGCUGGGGUAUACCUGGCUUUGUACAGAUAGUUUUUGAUUUCAGCAAGACGGUGUUUGAAGGUGUCAGUGAGGUGAUUACCGAAGUAUUUGAUGAAUACAGAGAUAAUAGAAGAGAUGUGCCAGAACAAGCCAAAGAUCCUGAGAGAAGUGGCAUGUUCUCAAAAGCUGCGUCAGGGCGCCGGAGGCCUCUGUGCAGGGAGCUUCGGGAGAACUCCUCUGGAUGCCCACAGUUUCAUGAGAGAUGUCAGAAAUGUCAAGACAAUCUUUUGCACGAUUGCCCAAAUGUUCCUGAACUGCACAUCAAGUUCGAUGAAGCCCUUAAGCUGGUUAAUCUCUCGGGGGAGCAGUAUGAGCAGAUACUCCAGGUGGUUCAGCGUCACACAGAAGACACUUCCUACCUGUUGAACAAAAUGAAAGAAAGAUUUGGGUGGGUGUCUGAGUUAUCCAAUAUGACCAUUGGACCAGAAAACAUUUUCAAUAUAGUUAAGGUGGUACCUGGAGAUCCCUCUGCUAAAAAUGAAACUGUGGUAGAUGUGAAUAUUCUGACUUCACCUACUUUCACCAUUAAAGUUCCUCCCAACUUAGACCCAAAGAGUGCUGAAUUCAUUGAAUACAUAGCUGGGAAAGCACUGCAACUAUAUAAGCAGAAUUUUUAAGUGGAAAGAAGAUGUGUGAAGUCUUUCUUCCUGAAAUCCAGUCAGGUAUACUCCUUAGGUGAAAUACCCCUAAGCUCAACGUACAGCUAAUUGUUAAAUGACUAUGGUUAAAAUAGUUGCAUAUAAAUAAAAUUUUGCUUAGUAAAUACUGUGACAU